AUGACAGCAACUGCAAUCUACCCUAGCCUGCAGGGCAAGACAGUCUUAAUCUCCGGCGGCGCGGAAGGAAUCGGUGACGCCACCGUUGAGCUCUUUGCAUUACAAGGUAGCCAAGUCAUUUUCUUGGACAUUUCCGAAGAAGCAGCACGGAAAACCAUCAGCAAUGUGACCGCGAAAAAGCCUACGAUCAAGGCUCCGAUCUUUCACUUCUGUGACUUGUCAAAUCUUCCCGAGUUGCAAGCAACUGCAGCCAGGAUAUUGGAAGAACAUGGACCAGUACACAUACUGGUCAACAACGCAGCGGCAACAGGCAGCGGAGCAAGACUGAACACGGAGAAUGUUACGCCAGGCGCCUGGGAUUUCAGUGUUAAUACCAACUUGAGACAUGUCUUCUUUCUUUCUCAAGCUGUGAUCCCGGGGAUGAAGCGCGUUGGGGCUGGUAGCAUCGUGAAUCUUGGAUCCAUCACCUGGCGUAUACCAGCCGCUGGUCAACCGGUAUAUGGCGCUUGCAAGGCGCAAUCAUGUGUUAUGCCUAGUGCUAUUUUGACAGAGAGGCAAAAGACAGACGUUAUGACGCCCGAAUAUCGUGCUGAGGUUUUCCAGAAUCAAAGUUUGCAACGUGAUCUUGUUCCCGAGGAUCUGAACGACGGAUCGCCCGAUCUGGCAAUUGAUUUCUCCAAAUCGACUCUCCAGUCUCCCGAUAAAGUGUAUGCAGGAGGAGCCGAAUCGGGUCUCCCUGGAACACUGAUCCUCCGCACAGGGACGAAAUCGUCGGGUAUCAAAACCCUUCCAAAUUAUGCCGGAAAGUAUCACGUCCUGAAUACCAGAUCUGCCAUCCCUGCUAUUGGUUUGGGUACUUUCCAAGACCCCGAUGAGCAAGAACUAUCUGUGCAUACAGCUCUUAAAGUAGGGUACCGUCAUAUUGACACUGUUAGCUACGAAACCGAACGUCAAGCUGGUAAAGGCAUUGCUCGAAGCGGUAUACCGCGAGAGGAAAUCUUCGUUACCACAAAACUGUGGUGCAACGCCCACCAUCCGGAUGAUGUUGAGUUGGCUUUGGAUGCAUCACUUGCCGAUUUGGGCGUUGAUUACGUUGAUCUCUAUCUUAUGCACUACCCAUGUGCUUUCAAACGUGUGAGAGCUAUUGGCGUGUCUAAUUUCAGCCAAAGGGAGCUUGAGACCAUUAUCAAUGAGGGCACUGUGAUACCGGCAGUGCAUCAAAUGGAGCUGCAUCCGUACUUGCAGCAGUCAGAAUUUGUCGAGUGGCACAAGGCGCGUGGAAUCCACAUCAUUCAAUUCAGUCCUUGCGGAAACCUCAACAAUUUCUAUCGUGAAGUAUCUUGGGGGAAGGAAAUUGCCCAGAUGACUAGACUCAUUGACCAUCUCACCUUGGCUGAAAUCGCAACUAAAUAUGGCAAGACACCUAUCCAGGUCUCUCUUGCGUGGGCCGUUACGCAGGGCCGUUCGGUCAUUCCUAAGAGUGCCAUCAAGUGGCAGAUUGAGGAAAACCUGCAGGCAGACUUCGAGCUUGCAGAAGCCGACCUGGCAAAAAUUGCCACGAUGGAUGGAAAGGCGCGCUUUAAUGACCCUAGUAUCGACUUUGGCUACAACCUCUACACUGGACUAAAUGGAGCUCUCUCAUGA